ACAUUAAUACUGUACCUGGUAAAGGUAUGAUAGUUACUUAUUAUUAUAAUAAGUAAUUGCUAUGAUGUUUUUUGUAAUAUAUGUAAUUGCUAAUGUUGUUGUUAUUUACUGUAGGGUAUCAGACCAGGAUGAAGAGGGCAAGACCGAGCAGAAGUGUAUCAUAUCGGACCCUUCCUUUUCCAUGGUGGCAGUUCAACGGGAAGACAGUGGGAUAACCUGGGAAACCAAUUCAAGUAGUUCUUCCACUCCUUGGGCUUCGGAGGAGAGUCAGACCUCUGGUGUAUGUAGUCCGGAAGGGUCGACUGUAAAUUCUUCUGCAGGGAAUGUUUCCUUUAUUGUGGAUGAAGUUAAGAAGGUCCGAAAGAGAACCCCCAAGUCCGAGCGUGGCUCACCAUCCUUGCGUCGGAAAGGCAACAAAAAGAAAAAGUCUUCUCAAACCCAGGAUGUUCUAGCAAACAAAAAAGAUAGCCCUUUAAUUUCAGAGAGCCAGGUGCUAGACACCCCGAGCGAGAAGCUGUCUAUUGGCAGCUAUGAUAAAAUGAGGAAAAAGAAGACCACCUCAACUACGCCUCCUAUUACCGGGGCCAUAUACAAAGAGCACAAGCCGUUGGUGUUACGGCCGGUCUAUAUAGGAACAGUACAGUAUAAAAUUAAGAUGUUUAAUUCCGUUAAAGAAGAAUUAAUUCCUCUACAGUUUUAUGGAACAUUGCCGAAGGGUUAUGUAAUUAAAGAAAUACACUACAGGAAGGGGAAGGAUGCAUCCGUUAGUCUAGAGCCAGAUGCGGGCAAUCGUGAUUCUAAUAUAGUUUCUAAAACAGGCAAAUUAGUAGCCCAGAGCGUAGAAGAGGACAAGGUGGGGGCGCUUACCUCACCCUGGAGAGGUGCGCUCUCCAAAGGGCCAAAGUCACAUACCUCCUUAUUGAGCCGCGAGGAUCAGAAGAAAGUUUACCCAGAUUCUCCUCGACAGGCUGCUUCUGCCACCAAGCGCACGGCUUCCCCUUACACAGGUGGUGGCCCAGCAGGCCCAGCAGCGCGGCUCGGGCCUCCGCAGGCAGGCCUGCAACAGCCAGGCGGUGGAGCAGAACCCCACGAAGCAGAGCCCCCCUCUCUGACGCCUGACACAUCGACAGCCGUGUCCCUGGAGACGGCAAAGGAAGACACGGAGCCUGACUCACGAGGAAUUGUAGCUUCAGAGCCUGAAUCUGCAGCCUCGCGACCUUCGGUGGAGGAGCUAAAGCCCGGCCUGUAUUCUGCUGACCAUUCCGCCUCGCUGGAGGCCGAGAAGGAUUCUCUGGAAGCAGGUUCCCCGGGUCUGGCAGCAUCUGUCCUGGAAGAUCUGGGCCCAGAGAGAGAAGAGUUAGACCAGACUUCACUAGAAGGCGCAGAGCCAGUCUCCGAACAGACGACCCCUCCUCUGCCCCAUGUCGGAGGAGAGAAAGAGGAAGCCGUGCUUGAGCCACCCGUGUCUCUCUCUGAACCUUUAGUGCCACAGAAAGAAGGAAUAGAGCCUUCCCUACCACGAGCGGCCACCCCUGAACCCGAAGACUCUGAUUUAGUGGAAGAAGAGGUCGUAGAACUUGACUACCCAGAAAGUCCCUCGGUUUCCGAGAAGCCCUUCCCACCGCCCGUGGCCCCUGAAGGAGAGUGGAAAGAGGAGGAGACCGUUCCCCCGUCACCGACGGCAUCGGCGCCCGAACGUGCCGCUCUGGCUGAGGAGGAAAGAGAGGAAAGCGAGCCUGCCCCUGCGGAUUCUGCUUUCAUCCCAGAGUCUGCAGCCCCGCAGGGUGUGAGCCACGGGCUAGACAGGCAAGGCGCCGGGCCGGUUCCUCAGGCCAGCCUGAAAGCUCCGUCGGAAGGUGCAGGUGUGUCGGAGGAGGAGAAAUUGGAGCCUCAGCCCCCCGCCUCGCCGCCCGCCACCGAGGCUUCUGCACGCCAGGCCCCGCUGCGUCCGGCAGCUGCGGUGGAGCGUGCGGGCCUGCCUGCACAGGAGGCCCCAGAGAGCGGCCGGGACACAGCGGACUCCACCUCGGCUCCUGCACAUCCAGCUCCAUCACAGGCAAAGGAGCCACCGACGGACGCCGACCGAAAGGCCCCAUUAAAACCAAAAGGUGGUUUCGAGCACAGGAUUCUGUCAGAAGAACAGAAGGAAGGCACUGGGCUGUAUUCCCCAGACGUGGCCUCUGUGGCUGAACCCUCUCCCCCCCCAGGCACACCUGAGACGACUUCCGAGUACCCCACCCCGCCGCUUUCAGCCGCCCCAUCUGAACACGUGGUCCUGUCCGAAGAGGGCCUAGGAAGUGAGCGUUUCACACCAGAUUCAGCAUUGAAUUCCCAGCGUGCAGUCCCACCAAAUGUAGCACAAGAAUCUCCAAAGAAAAUAGCUGAUGAUGUGUCCCUCUUAAAACCAAAAGGUGUUUCUGAGCACGUGAUUCUGUCAGAAGAAGAGAAGGAAGGCACUGGGCCGUGUUCCCCAGACGUGGCCUCUGUGGCUGAACCCUCUCCCCCCCCAGGCACACCUGCGAUGACUUCCGAGUACCCCGCCCCGCCGCUGUCAGCCGCCCCAUCGGAGCAAGUCCUGUCCGAAGAGGAGACGGCAGAACCGGAGCGGUACACACCCUCUUCCACGUCUGCGUCUGAGCUGUCAGUGCCACCGUACGCAGCACCUGAAUUCCGGGAGGAAGAGCCUGUCCGCGGAUCCCCUUUAAACCUAAAAGGUGCCUCCUCGCCCGUGAAUUAUUCAGAAGAGCAAGAGGACGUUGGCCCUUUUUCUCCAGACUCUGCAUUCGCGUCAGAGUUUUCAUUCCCGGCCUACGCAAGUCAGGAAACGGAGAAAAGAGAAUUCGAGCGUGAUUCUCCAAUAUGUUUAACAUCCCCGUCAUCAGAACACACUAUUUUGUCAGAUGAAGACACUGAAGAAGCUGACCUUUUUUCUCCAGACUCGGCAUCACAAGUUUCAGUCCCGCCGUACAGAGUCCCAGAACCAGAGGAAAAUGAAAUCGAGCCGGAUUCACUGUUAGCUGCGGCGUCUGCGUCAGGAUAUUCCUGCCUUGCAGGAGCAGAUGAAGCACUGGAACCAACAGCUGCUCCCCCAGUGCCCCAGCACCUCAGCUCAUCACAGGCGCGACCAGGCGGACCUUCCCCUCCGGCGUCUGCGCCUGAAGACUGGAGUCUGCCACCUGCAGCAGACAAAGCGGAGAAAGCCGGUGCUCAAACAAUCUCCACAUCUGUAUCUGAAUAUCUCAUUUCAAAACAGAAACACGUCACUCGGACAUUUUUGGAAUCUGAGUCUGAAGACUUAAUUCCGCCACAUUUAACCGGGGAAUUGGAGAAGGGAGAAAUUAAGACCGGUUCCGCGGCAGCUGCGGCGCAGUCGUCCAUGGAAAAGGGAGAAAGCAAACCCGUUUCACCUUCAUCCCAGCGUUCACUUUCUCCUGAUUCAGGCCGCGCACUUAAGAAAGAGCAAGAACCCAAAGCAUCGCUCGCUCCAAAAGGUGCAGAUGAACAGAUGGCUCCAUUAAAAGGGAAAAGGAAGGGAGAAAUUGUCCCUGAUUCCCAAGAAGCUGCAGCACGUCUAUCACGGGAUCAAGACACGGAGCCUCAGCCUCCAAAUGUUCCAGGGUCUGGAAGGGAAUAUUCAGCUCGGUCUGGCCUGGUAGAUGAGCCAAAGAAGGCUGUCGGACUCAAUUUAGCUCCAACUGUGACGUCGGAAGUCGUGCAGAGAAUGCGGCCAGAGAAUGAGCCUGAAGCAGUAAAGCCAUACUCACCUCUAAAGGACACGUCUUCACCUGGACCUGAGAUUCCAUCAGCAGUGAAAGCGGAGGUGGAACAUGAUUCCAGAACACCCGGCGCCCCUCGAGUGCUGCAGCAGGCCACACCGGGACUGGGGAAGGGAGCGGAGCGUGGACCAUCCGCACCAGAAUUUUCAGCUUUGUCGGAAGAAAGAAAGAAAGAAACUGAACCCAGUUCUUCAGUCACCACGACCUCUGUAGCUAAGCGUGAUUCAGACUUAACCAAAUUAGCGAAAGAAGCAAUCCCAGCAGAGCUGUCUCUUCCCACCCCCGUGGAGCAGCCAGUCUUAAACGCAGCAAGGAGUGGAUUAGCCAGUGGUUUGCCGCCACAGGAAACAUCUGUGGACGAGCAACUACAUCUUAAAGAGGAAGCGAAGGUAGCAAUGAAGGCUGCUGCGCCCAAGCAUCCAGCUUGGUCAGAAGCAGAGGACGUGAAACCGGAUUCUGCUCCAAGCGUGUUGUCUACACCAGCACGCUCUAUUUUGUCAAAGGUGGAAGCUGAAGACAUUAGACCCGGGUUGCCAGUAACCGAAGCACUGCCUCCUCGACGGGCAGAGGUGCCUAAGGAAGCCGGGGUGGGAAACGAACAAGGCCCUUCACUUUCCGCGGCCCUUGGCUCCGAACGGUUGGCUGUGGCUCAGAAAAAGGACUCUGUGUCUGCCUCGGAGGGGUCAGGGCCCGAACACGGGACUCCGGCCAGCCUCGGUGGCGAGAUAAAGAACAAGGGAGCUGAACUCCCUUCCUCACAAACCGUGUCACCCGCACCCAAGCAGGCAGCUCCAGAAGGCAAAACUGAGAAAAUGGCCAGCUCUUCCCCCGAGCUGGAAACUUCGACGGCAGGGGACUUACCUCCAGCGUUGCCGAGCCUCAGAGAUAAGACCAAACAGGCCAAGAAGACAUCACCCGCAGCUCAGAGAGGUGUCCUGUCAGAAAAACACGGCCUUGCUCCCGCAGAGCUCUUUCUGGAACCUGAGAAGGAAGAUGAACCACACCGAGUGUCAGAAUUACCAGGGCCCAGGGUGGAACUCCCGGGGGGUUUAGGUGGGCAAAGCGGACCUGCAGACACCGAGCAAGUCAAAGCUCCCGUAUCGGGAACAGGGGAUUCUGGCUUCGGAAAGGGCCUCGCUGAGCUCGGGAGCAGAGGAGAAAGCAGGGAGCUUCAUGUGUCAGCCACGGUGCCUGAGGCCUCAGAGGCCUCAUCAUGCCUCAAGGAGGACCCUCGGAGCCAAGCAGUUAAGCCCGUCCCUCCCAAGGCAGGCGGCGGAGGGGCAAAAGAAGCACUUGCCUCUCUGGUUGAAGGCGGCAGCCCUGAAGAACUUCAGCCACAUGCUCUUACUUUAAAAGGAUUAUCAGAAGAGUUGAAAAAGGGGGAAACACAAGAAAUGCGCUCAUUACUGCCAACAGGAAAUUUGAAGGCACACGUGACAGGAGAUGCUGUAACUACACUAAAAGAAGCAGCAGACCGGACAGAUUCAUUCCCCGUACCCCAGAGGACAACCGAGCAACUUCCAGUGAUGAAGGGGAAUUUGCCUUUGGAAGAAUCAAAGUCAUUCCUGACAACUGAGUCUGCAUAUGUUAAAGAAACACAAACGAAAGAGGCCCUUAUCUCUCCGGAGGACGAAAACUGGGUGCUGGGAAAGCCAGAAAGAGAUCUGGCGAGUCAUCGUGAGGAGGGAGUCCUGGGACCCGUGCAGCUGGGUGCCUCCGGCAGGGCCACUCUGUCGGAUGAAGACCGUGCGUAUGACACUGGAAAGCAGGCUCUGCCACGUUCUGCCGAAGAGUCUCCUUUGUCGUUACGGGAGCCAGUGUCCGCUCACGCAGUGCCCGGCGGUGGCAUAGAGACCUUACCAACUGCAACAUCGUCUGAAGGGGUAAAGCCGGUCCCCCAACCCAGAUCUUUCAUCCCAGCUGGACGUGUAGAGAGGAACGAAGCAGAAGAGAAGCAGGCCUUUCCUUUCACUCGGCGCGAACGUCCCGUGGUGGAGAAAGCAAGCACAGAAUUUUCCAGGCCUUGCACAGAAGACAGCCAGGAGGAAGUCAAACCACCUCCCGAAAGAAUCCUCCAGAAGCCAGUGUCUGGCCCACCAGCGGGACAAGUCAGAUCAGAAACGAUUCCUUCCGGUGCCAAAGCAGCUCCUUUCCUGGCAGAAGAUGCAAUAGACGGUAAAAAAGAAGCACACGGGGGUGUAUCUCCUCUACCUGGAGAGAAGCCAUUAGAAGAAUCAAAAACGGUUCAGUCAAAGGCUGCAGAUGAUGCUAAUGAGAGAGGGAAACUGACAUCGGGAAUGAAAAUACCCACACAAAUAAAACCCUCAAUCCAAGAAAAUAAAGAACCUCAAGCACCUGAGGUGACACAAAAGCUGCCUGAGCAGCCAAAGGCGGUUAAACCAGGCCUUUCCGAGGAAAAGAAAAGGAAAGGAAUUUCAUCUUUCACGUCCUGGAUGUCCAAUUUGUUCUUUAGAUCAAGCACUGCAGAUAACAGAGUUGCUGAAAAAGAAGAUUUAGAAACUCAGCCAGGUCCAUCUGUAGAAAAAGCAGUGACUGUGACCGAGCCUACAGGCACAUCUCCAGCUGACAUUAAUGCAACUGAGAAACCAGCAGAUCGUCUGCUACCAGAGGCAAAACUUGUAACUGCCGAAGAAUCCAGAGUUGCUUUAGUUAAAUCUGCUGAAGGUCAAGACUUUAAAGAAAAGCCUACACUUUUAUCAAGUGUAGAAGUUUCACAACAGCCAAAAUCCAACUUUGAGGAGCCCAGUGCUGAUCGUGGGAAGAAAGAAAUCUUAGACUAUGCAGAGGAAAUGGACCUAAACUCAGUAGUUCCUUCUGCUGAUCGUGAGGAACAUUUUGGAAUUCAGUCUUACUCUCCUAAGGGUGAGAAAUCCCUUACAGAAGAAGCCAAAAGCACUGUUCCCCCUAAUGUCACUGAAAGUAAAAGAGCCCAGAAGCCAGAAAUCUCUUCUCCACCUAAAUGGAAUAUUUCUAUUCUUAAUGAAGAGCCAAGAAGUGAUCAAAAGGAAAACUCGCUCUUUUCAUCUGGUGCAGUAGAUACGGUGUCACAACAGCCCAAAUUGGCUCCAUCUAACUUCACAAGUAAAAAUAUCAUGAGGGGAUCAGAGAAGCCAGAGUCGAUAAUUUUGCCAGAAGAAUCUAAAGGCAGUUUAAUGGAUCUUGGUGAAGACAGACUGAAGAGAGAAAUGCCAAAACCUACUGCCUUGAAAAUUUCUGAAGAGGAAAUAAAAUUCGGGUCUGUUAGCCCAGCUGAGGAGAAAGAUAACUUGGAAAGCAGAUCAUAUUUCUUGGCAGACAAGAAGGUGCUGGCAGGAAAACAAGAAACUGUGGCCCCAUUAGAGUUAAGAGAUAAUAAUGAAAUAGGAAAGGCACCAGUUACACAUGGCUCUCGCCCUGGUAAAUUGGAAGAAUUGAAAGCCUCUGCUGUGCUGCAGCAAGUCUGUCAAAAUGCAGAUCAGGAAGAAAGACACAAAAUUACUGAGGAAGAGAAAGGAAAAGAAAAGGAAAAGCAGCUACAAGUAUUUUCAGAAGGAAAGAAGCAGCAGGAGAUUGAGCCUUAUUCUGUGAAUAUAGCCAGGGCUAUACCUGAAAAGUCAGAUGUCUCUUUAAGUCGUUCUUUGGGUGAAACCCAACCAUUUUCAUUAGUUAAAACUACAUCAACUCCUGAAAAACCAGAAACCAUGAUCUCAGAGGCUUACCCAGAAAUCAGGGAAACAAGGGCAGUAGGAAUGCAGCCAUCUCUGUUAGAAGAAAGUAAAGUGUUGGUGGAGAAAACGAAGGCUUCCCUUCCAGUGGACCUUCCUUAUCGUGAUGAAAUAGAUGCCCACUCCUUUCCUAAGGAAGGAGAUCUGGUAUUGGAGAAAUCUAGCAGGGGUAUGGCGAGUCAUAAUGAAGAAAAGGGACAGGUCACAGUGUCAGAGCUGUCAAAAGGUGGUUCAAUGGAUAUCACAAAAGAUAGUAUAAAACAAGGAUCUCCGUUGAAAGAAUCUGAAAGGAUUUUAUACCAUCCUUUGGAUGAAACCAAGAGCUUAGAAACAUUGCCAUAUUCAUUGUCAUCUGUGAAACCACAAACACUUGUUUCAGGGGCUUCUUCAGAAAUUAGUACAGUAGAGAAACAAGAAACCAGUAGAGAGAAGAAACAAGAGUUGACUCCAGAUAGGCCUACAGUCCAUACUAUUCAAACGUCUAAAGUGCAAAUAUCUGAAAUGUCUAAACAAUCUGUACUUGUUUCAAAGCACCAGUUGGAGGCUGUAGGAGCUGCCCACGUAAAUGAACCGCACUCUUCAGCAAGCAGCAACUAUGCUCAAUUUAUAAGAGAUGCAUCAACCACCAAUGCCAGUAAAAUGGUUUCUACUAGAGAAAUAUCCAAGGAGCCUGAAGAUGAAGAAUUUACAAUGACCAGUAAGCCAGCUGGACUUUCAGAAGAGCAAAAGAGUGCCUUCAGUAUCAUUUCCGAAGGCUGCGAGAUACUGAAUAUUCAUGCUCCUGCAUUUAUAUCUUCAGUUGAUCAGGAAGAAAGUGAACAAAUGCAAGAUAAGUUAGAAUAUUUGGAAGAGAAGGCCUCACUUAAAGCUCUACCCUUUCCUGGAGAUAGUGAGACAGUUGCUUGCUAUGAAACAUUAAAGAGUAAGUUAGAAGAGUCUGAUAAGAAAGUUGCAUCACUGAAAGAAAAUAAAGAAAAGGAAACUCAUAAAGCAAAAGAGGAGAUAUCCACAGAUUCAGAAACUGGUGAUUUAGCUUUUAAUCAGCCCACAGUUCCCAGUGAAGAGGAUUAUUUUGAAAAAUAUACAUUGAUUGAUUAUAACAUCUCCCCAGAAUCAGAAAAACAGAAAGCUCCAGGGAAGUUAAAUGUUGAGGAGAAACUCUCAAAGGAAGUUACAGAAGAAACUGUCUCUUUCCCAGAAGGUUCAGAGGAAAGUGUCCUAGAACAUGAAUAUGACUUGGUGAAAUUAGAUGAAAGUUUUUAUGGACCAGAAAGGGACUACAGCACAUUAUCUCACCCAGAGACCCAAAAGUCUUUGGUCAUCCAAAAAUCCACUGACAGAGAUGCUUCAAAGAGCACAAGUAGAGAUGUGGACUCAAAGUCACCUGGGAUGCCCUUAUUUGAUACAGAGGAAGGAGUUUUGUCACGAUCCCGGAUCUUUCCUACCACUGCUAAAGCCAUUAAUCCUGAACUUCUGGAGGAACCACCUGCACUUGCAUUUUUAUACAAGGAUCUGUAUGAAGAAGCAGUUGGAGAGAAAAAGAAGGAAGGGGAGACAGCUUCUGAAGGUGACAGUGUGAAUUCCGAGGCAUCGUUUCCAAGCAGAAAUUCUGAAACCAAUGAUGGAACAGGAAUAUAUUUUGAGAAGUACACACUCAAAGAUGACAUUCUCCAUGACACAUCUGUAACGGAAAACGACCAAGGCCAAGGUCUGGAAGAAAAACAAGUUGCUAAGGAUGAUUCAUAUCAACCAAUAGCAGCAGAAAGGGGAAUUUGGGGGAGGUUUGGAACUAUUUGGGGGGGAAAGAGUCUGGAAGAGGAACAGAAAGCUGCUUGCAGGGAAGGAGAAUCAGUAGGCCAUGUGGAGACCCUUGAUGAUGUAGCUACCCAGAGGACAGCUCCCAUCACUGAGGAAGUCACAGUGGUCACCCAGAAGAUAAGCUACGCAGUGCCAUUUGAAGACACCCCCCGUGUUCUGGAGAGAGUAGGUGAAACAAGUACUCAGAGCAACGAAGCGGCAAAUGCAGACCCAGAGGUCAAUCUGAAUGUCCCAGUACAAGUGUCCUUCCCAGAGGAAGAGUUUGCAUCUGGUGCAACUUGUGUUCAAGAAACACUGCAAGUAGAACACCACAUAAUGGUCCCACCUGAGCCACGUGAAGAUGGGCUCCGCAGUGGUCCUGUUCAGGAUGAAUAUGGGUUUGCAGAAUCCCUGCAUUACGAAGUAGCUACUCAGGACACUUUAUCAGGAGACCUGUAUUCAGAAUCCACCCCUGAGGAUGUGUUAUCUCAGGGAAAGGGAGCCUUUGAACACAUCAGUGGAAAUGAAUUUGUGAGUGAGGUGGAACAAAGCAUGUCUGCUGAACAGAAAGAGUUGGGCAGAGAGAGGACAGAAGACCAAUUAUUAUCAGAGUUAGUAACUGAGAAGGAGCAAAAGGAACCGAAAAAGUCCCAGAUUGACACAUAUUGCUAUACUUGCAAAAGCCCAAUUUCUGCUGUUGACAAGAUAUUUGGCACCCACAAAGACCAUGAGGUUUCAACGCUUGAUACAGCUAUUAGUGCUGUAAAGGUUCAACUAGCAGAAUUUCUAGAAAAUUUGCAAGAAAAGUCCUUGAGGAUUGAAGCCUUUGUUAGUGAGAUAGAAUCCUUUUUUAAUACCAUCGAGGAAAAUUGCAGUAAAAAUGAGAAAAGGCUGGAGGAGCAGAGUGAGGAGAUGGUGAAGAGGGUGUUAGCCCAGUAUGAUGAGAGGGCCCAGAGCUUCGAGGAGGUGAAGAGGAGGAAGAUGGAGUUCCUGCACGACCAGAUGGUCUACUUCCUGCAGAGCAUGGACGCUGCCAAGGACACACUGGAGACCAUCGUGAGAGAGGCAGAGGAGCUCGACGAGACCGUUUUCCUGACUUCAUUUGAGGAAAUCAAUGAAAGGUUGCUUUCUGCAAUGGAGAGUACUGCUUCUUUAGAGAAAAUGCCUGCUGCGUUUUCACUUUUUGAACAUUAUGAUGACAGCUCGGCGAGAAGUGACCAGAUGUUAAAACAAGUGGCUGUUCCACAGCCUCCUAGGUUAGAACCUCAGGAACCAAAUUCUGCCACGAGCACAACAAUUGCGGUUUACUGGAGCAUAAGCAAGGAAGACGUCAUCGACUCGUUCCAGGUUUACUGCAUGGAGGAGCCGCAGGAUGACCAGGAAGUAAACGAGUUGGUAGAAGAAUACAGAGUUACAGUGAAAGAAAGCUACUGCAUUUUUGAAGAUUUGGAACCUGACCGAUACUAUCAAGUGUGGGUAAUGGCUGUGAACUUCACUGGAUGUAGCCUGCCCAGUGAAAGGGCAAUUUUUAGAACAGCACCCUCCACCCCUGUGAUCCAGGCCGAGGACUGUACCGUAUGUUGGAACACGGCCACCAUCCGCUGGCGGCCUGCCAACCCAGAGGCCACUGAGACCUACACCCUGGAGUACUGCAGACAACACUCUCCGGAAGGCGAGGGCCUCAGAUCUUUCUCUGGAAUUAAAGGACUCCAGCUGAAGGUUACCCUCCAGCCCAAUGAGAAUUACUUUUUCUAUGUGAGAGCCAUCAAUACAUUUGGAACAAGCGAACAGAGUGAAGCUGCCCUCAUUUCCACCAGAGGAACCCGAUUUCGCUUGCUGAGAGAAACAGCUCAUCCUGCUCUGCAAAUUUCCUCAAAUGGGACAGUGAUCAGCUUCGCUGAGAGAAGACGGCUGACAGAAAUCCCAUCAGUGCUGGGUGAGGAGCUGCCUGCCUGUGGCCAGCAUUACUGGGAAACCACAGUCACGGACUGCCCAGCUUAUCGCCUUGGCAUCUGCUCCAGCUCGGCUGUGCAGGCCGGUGCACUGGGACAAGGGGAGACCUCGUGGUACAUGCACUGCUCUGAGCCACAGAGAUACACAUUUUUCUACAGUGGCAUUGUGAGCGACGUUCAUGUGACCGAGCGCCCCCCCCGAGUGGGCAUCCUGCUGGACUACAGCCAGCAGAGGCUCCUGUUCAUCAAUGCCCACAGCGGGCAGCUGCUCUUCGUCGUCAGGCACAGGUUCAGUGAGGGCGUGCACCCCGCCUUUGCCCUGGAGAAGCCUGGGAAGUGUACUUUGCACCUGGGGAUAGAGCCGCCGGAUUCUGCAAGGCACAAGUGAUCACUGGCUUCCAGGGUCUGAAAGAGCAAGAAUCCAGGUGCUGGUGGCCUGCGAUCUUCCCGUGGGCGCCAGACGUUAGUGGGAGCGCCUCCCGCACACUCGCACCAGCGGUGGCUGCGUGGCAGUGAUCAGCGCCGAUCAAAACCACCGGGAAAGCCUUGUCUCUCCUGGGCAGCGAGUGAGUGAAGAAGAUGGGAAAAGUCAGGCCCCAGCCUGUGGUCUAUACGUGCCUGAGUUCUCCCCCGCAUUAAAAGGGUUUCUACCUGACGUGGGAACCAAACCACAGAAAUGGACUUUGCCUGUUUUGCUGGUAAAAGAAAUCCUCGGAUGGGCAGGUCUGAGUGAAGAGGGAAGACUGUGCUGGUAAUCCUGCUCCUCGGACAAGAAACACGGACUUUUUCCACAAGGAAAGUGUCGCCUCACUUCACUCAAGUCUGAUGAAUCCUAAUCGCUAGAGAAAGUGUUUCACCCUUCCAAGUUGAUGGUGAACUCUUUUGUAAAAUAUGCUGUAGAACACGGGUCUCUUUUCCCUGAAGUUUUAAAUGUAGAAGAGCUCUGGAUAUUAGAAAUUUCCACUUUGUUAAAUAAAUGGUUAGCGUCUGUGAAACAAAA